UAAAGGAAGUAAGAAUUGCUGGGUAUCGUGCAUUACGGUAUUUGAUCGCAGAUGUCAUCACUCUAGAAAAAAUUAUAAAGCUACAUUAUGAAAUAUUUAUAAUGAGGUCUUUGGCAAAAGACCCACGUGUAUACAAUGAUGAGCGUGAACAGGUACUGAAAAUUAUAAGAACAUUUGCUGAUGUACCAGGCGGAACAAAAUAUAUACCGCUUGGUGUGUUACGAUCUAUUGUUUCUAUAGCUGAACUUCCAGAUGAAAAACUACGGAACAUAUGUUUAGAAACUUUGGCAGAAAUAAUGAUUCGUGAACCGAAAUUAAUUACUCAUGGUGGCGGGAUGAGAGUACUAUUGCAAGCUUUAAUCGAUGGCCCCCUUGAACUUUCAGAAUAUUUAAUGAUGGCACUAUUAUACGUAAUUGAUAUGCCAGAUUCUCGAAAUUGUAUAAGACCCGGUGUGGAUUUGGAGAUCGUUCUUUCAGGAUUUACUGACGCAUGCAACAAAGGUCCAAAAUUUGACCAGAGGAUAAGAGCUAGUUCAAGAGCUAUAUCUGUUCUGUUGAAGUCUUGGACAGGAAUUAUUUAUUUAUGCAUGGAUAAUAAACAAGCAAUAAGAUCCAUUGUUGAAUCUUUAAGAAUAACAUCGGAUGAAACGCGGGAAAUCAUGCUUGAUAUGUUUUUUAACAUUUUUCGAAUCAAGAUACCACACUGGUAUCCAAGUUUUUUAUCUGGAAAAAGGAUCACGGUAUAUGGACUCCUAACACCCGAAAACAAUAAUAAUGGGGAACUACCACCUCCUGCUUCUUCAUGCCAAGACAGGCUAAAUUUACUGGACCAUCAUUUGGUUAUAUUAUUAGAUAUCCUUAUUGAUGCUGGGCUCCUUGAUGCUUUAGUUGAGAUUAUCGAAGACAAAAAUCAACAUAACGCGCGUAAAGCUACCCUUUUUAUUGGUGAAAUUCUUCAAUUGUCUAAUCGAUUAUUAUCUUUGUCUCGCUCGAUGAAAAUACAGUCUUUACCUAGACUCUUCAGUUUAGCCACAAAAUUUGAUGAUGAAAUUGUACGACACAGUGCCACUGCUGCGCUUUCACAUAUUGAUAAUUUGAAUCGUACGCGGAACCGUUUUCAACCAAACAUUGGAGAAUCAGAUGACACAUCUAUUGGCUCACCAAAUCGACGAAGACGUAAUGCGCGUCAAGUUGAAAAUGUAAAACUUAAAAUGGGUAUACAAAUCGAUGACGUCCAUUUUAGAAACAUGCUUUUAGAAACUCAGGUUCUCAGUACUAAAGAUUAUGUCAAAUGGAACUGGGAAACUACUAUGGAAUUAUUGCAAGGCCCAUUAUUAAACCCUCGUCGGUUAGAAGAGGCAAUAAGGUCCAAAUUUAUGAAACGGCUAAUUGGUUUUUUCAGACCAAAUAGCCGACGGUUUUCGGAAAUUGAGAAAAGCCUGGAAACCGAACGCUAUGUUCAAUUAGGAUGCACGCUUAUAACGACUCUUCUUGCAAAUUUUGAUGGUGUCAAAUAUUUAGAAAGCAACAAGUUCUUGAGGCAGAUUUCUGAUAAUUUAAAUCAACUCGUUCCACCGAUGAACACGGGUUUUGAAUCAGAGUUUUUUUCUAAGGAACGAAUUAAUAAUACAUUGACAAGUGGCUACUUCACUAUGAUAGGAAUACUUAGCAAAUUCAAAGAUGGGGUCAAAGAUGGUCAUCCACGAAUUCUUCUUUCUAAAGUGAUGACUUCUGGUUAUAAACGCGUACGACUAUAUGCCACAAAACACCUUGGCUUAAUCCUGCGAACGUCAGUCCAAAAAUUUAAUGAAUGGGCAAUACAACUACUUAUAACACAGCUGUAUGAUCCUGCAAUGGAAGUUUGUCAAAUGGCAGUGCGUGUUUUGGAAGAGACAUGUAAUCACAAAGAGAAUAUAGAAUUACUUGUGAAAUUGCGACCCAGCUUGGACAACUUGGGAGAAGUUGGAAACCCACUUUUGUUAAGAUUUCUGUCCACUUCAAUCGGAUUUAAAUAUUUAUCAGAAUCUGAUUACGUAGAAAAAGAAAUGGAUGAUUGGUUUCAGAGUGGCAAUCAAUAUUAUGUGACACAACUUGAAGUAUCUUUAUCAAAUGCAUUAAGAAUUGAUGGAGAGGAAGCACGAAGUGAUGACGAUGAUAAAGAUGUGAAAAUAAGUAUGUUUGAUGGAAUAUCUCCUGCCCAUUUUUAUGGAGAAUUAACAAAAACGGAUGAAGGGUGCCAGCUUUUAAGAGAGAAAAAGCACUUUAGCGAGUUUGCAAAUUACAUAAGAGAACAUAAAGAGGAAAAGCGUGAUGCUAAUAUUAUAUCGAAAUUGAAGUCGAUUCUCUGGGCUGUGGGCAAUAUUGGUGCAUCUAAGAGUGGGCUACAAUUUUUGGAAGAGGAAGAUAUCGUUAAAGAUAUUGUAUAUAUUGCUGAAAAUUCUGAGUUUCCACAAUGGACAUACAAAGGUUUCGAGACAGCACCAGAUAUACAUGCUAAGCCCAUAAUUCCAAGCACUCAAGCAGAAAGAGAUUUAUUGAAAGCUAUGACAAAUUUAACAAAUAGAAUAUUAUCGAGUACCGGAUCUAGAAGCUUGUUAAAGUAUGAUAAGGUCGCAACACCCAGAAAUCUUCAACCAAUUAAGUACUUAUCAGAAGAAACAUUUGAUCAACUCGAUAAACUUAUGGAAGUACGUAAUGGUUGUGAGGGUGUUAAUGGGGUUUCUGAUGAUACAUUAGAAGAUGGCGGUGGUACAGAAGAUGCAGAUGCGCAACUACAUAAACAAAGAGUAGAAAAUUUUUCUAGGGUGCAUCGUGGUAGCGAUGGUGUUAUUGCUGUUAUGUCGGACGAUCAGAUGGACGGGGGUACGGAGGAAACUGUUCCGAAACAAGAUUUGUUACCUGCUAAAAUUGUCAUAGGUUUUAAUACUACGUGA